AUGUGUCCCUGCAGCCUGUUAACACAUCCCUGCAUUAUUCUGCCGCACCUGAAUGGGAUGGUUGACAUUCUGCUCUUCAACCCUCCUUAUGUGGUCACCCCUUCAGAAGAGGUGGGACAUGAAGGAUUCAUUCAGGACGAGAGGUCACAGACCAGUGAAAGAUUAUUCUACCGUAUCACUAUCGCUGAGAACAAUCAAGAGGAGAUCAACCGCUUACUGGACAAACAUGGUUUGAAGGGAGAGUCCUUCAUGUCAACAAGAGCUGGGAAUGAGAGGCUGUCUGUGCUGCGCUUCCAUGGGAGAUGAACAUGGAACUAUCACUUCUUGACUUUUCACGGAUCAGAGACAAUGGGAUGAACUGUAUUUACACAAUACUGUGUGCAAGAACUUUUCACUGCAGGGGAAACAUUGAAAUGACCAGUGUAAAUUAUAUUUUUCUCAUUAAAGUAUGCAGAACAAACGUGUGGGAAAUUAACAUUUGUUAGCAAUGUCAAAUUAUUUUGCAGAAUCUUUCUACAAAAAGAGAAUCAUAAAUCAAUGUUAGCAUUCACCAAGAAAACAAUGACAAAAGUUUCAGCCGUACACACAUUUAUUACAUCAUAGUUUUAUUAACAUACUCCACAUGGAAA